GAUACUCGAGCAAUCGUUAUGGAGAAGGAAGAAAUUUCUCAAUACUUUAACAACAUUAUCAAAUUAGACAAAGAUGUUUCUGCUGGGAUGGCUGCUAUUCGUACAUUACUAAAAGUUUUGACCAGUUCAAAGUCUGAAACAGUUCAAGAGCUUAGGUAUUGCUUGCAGAAUGCGAUAGAUGCAAUGAAAUCCACGGAGAACCCUGUUACUGCUAUUGCAUCUGGCAGUGAAUUAUUCCUACGUUUUAUAACUCUAGCUACAUUAGACACUCCUUCGUUUGCAGAAUGCAAGCGAAUUAUGCUCUACAGGGGAAGAAUGUUUUUUGAAAAAUUAGUGGUUGCUAGAGGAAAAGUGGCAAAAGUAGCAGCUCACUUCAUUAAGGAUGGUUCUAAAAUACUCACUCACUCAAAAUCUAGAGUUGUAUUACAAGCAAUGAAGAGAGCUGCUGCAAGUAGGAAAAUAUUUCAAGUAUAUGUAACGUGUUCUGCUCCUGAUAAUAGUGGACUGGAAAUGUGUCGAAAUCUAACACAAUUGGGUGUUUCUUGCACGUUGAUAUUAGAUUCAGCAAUGGGAUACGUUAUGGAACAAGUUGACAUGGUCAUGGUUGGUGCAGAGGGGGUUGCAGAAAGUGGAGGUGUUAUUAACAAAGUUGGGACAUAUACAAUGGCUAUAUGUGCUAAAGAGGUGAAAAAACCUUUUUAUGUACUAACAGAGAGCUUCAAAUUUUCAAGAAUAUAUCCCUUAAAUCAAGUCGAUCUUCCAAAUGAAUUUAAGUACACAGCAAGCACGUUAAAGAAAGACUUGCAGAAAGAACAUCCAUUGGUUGAUUAUACACCACCACAUUAUAUUAGCCUUCUAUUUACCGAUUUAGGUAUUUUAACACCUUCGGCUGUAAGCGAUGAACUUAUUAAAUUAUAUUUAUAAACACCGUAUAUGUCUUUUAACAUUAAAUCGGCGUUUCAAAGUACUGUGCAGCACGUUAUGUUUUUAUGCAUAAUUUUAAUGAUAACAACAUGGAUAGAAAUGGAAUUAUUUAAGCAAUACGAGUAACAAAUGUUUAAACACCUCAUCGACAAAAAACUCGAAUUUUAUAAAAAAGGCUUCGAUACAAGCUUUAUUCGUUAAAUGUGAAAAUAAU